GAUAUUCCUAAUGAUGGGAACAAACACAAUAAAACAAAAAUAAUUAAAAAGAAGAUAUUUAAUUAUCUAUAAAGCGCGUUACAACUAUGCGUCGAAGCGCAAUAUGCACACACACACACACAUACACGCGUUAUUCCACGAUUACAAAAAGAGAUCUCGUAGAUCUCUUCGGUGUGCGAAGGCACGCUUCUCUCUGAUGAGAAUUUUCACGUAAUCGUCAUCGUAACCAUAAGGCCAUUCGUCUUUGGUCCGAUGACACCCAAAUUUAUAAUUCUUUUAAGUUGAGUCUCCAAUGUGAGAGAAGACUCUGCUUUAACGACCGGUGGUCGCAGUAGCUAUUAGGCUAACACCUAGCGCGAUAAAUUGUGAAUUGGGAAAACAAUCUGAAAAUGGCAUAUUUAAAGAAAAGUAAGAAAACGGUAUGGAUCGUUACAUGUUUUAAUAUUUGUGUACGGAACCCGCCAUUGCAGUGCGAGUACAACUCGCACUUGUCCAAUUUUUAUAUGACGAAAAUAUUCCUAGAGUGAGUGGAAGGUUAAAAAAUUCAUACUUGCCAUAUAUGCGGUUCAACAUCCUAUUCUUAUGCCUAAAUCUCUUGCGAUAACUGAUCUUAUUAUUCGUUAUUGCCAUUUAAAGAAUCAUCAUUCAGGAAUUCAAACAACCCUUUAUUCCAUGAGACAAAAGUAUUGGGUAGUCGAUGGUCAAAGUGCAGUACGAAAGGUUAUUCGUAAAUCCGUACGAUGUUUUUGAACAAAUCCUCCAAAGGUUGAGAAUAUAAUGGGUAAUAUACUGAAGGUUAGAAUUACGGAAGCACGACUAUUCAUAAACGUAGGUAUUGAUUAUUGCGGACCCUUUUUCGUGAAAGAAAAGAAAUUUCGAAAUCGCAAUAAAGUAAAAAUAUACGUAGCUAUCUUUGUUUGUCUCGUAAUUAAAGCAGUACAUCUAGAAGUAGUCAGCCAUUUGACUACCGAAGGAUUUCUGGCCGCAUUAAAAAGACUUAUAGAAGGCAGAGGAAAACCUCUUAACAUUUUUUCUGAUAAUGGGACUAAUUUUGUUGGUGCGAGCAACCAACUUAAAGAAAUUUAUGUUUUGUUCAAUUCUAAUGAGCAUCAGUCAAAAUGUUUCAAGUUUUCAAGCGAUUUAUAUGUGCGUUGGCAUUUUAUUCCAUCCGUUUUUCAUAAUUUCAGAGGACUUUGAGAAGCAUGUGUCAAAUCAUUUAAACAUCACGUUAAAAGAGUAGUAACGAAUUCUUUAUUCACAUUUGAAGAAUUCAAUACUUUUGCAAUCCAGAUUAAAGCCAUUAUGGACUCCAGACCUUUAACUCCUAUCUCAAAUGACCCUAAUGACUCCGCCGCUGGUUGUCCACUGCCGAACAUCAUUGAUGUCUUUGAUGUGCUGGGAGAAGCGGGUCCACUGCCAAACAUUAUUGAUGUCUUUGAUGUGCUGGGAGAAGUGGGCCCGCUGCCAGACACGACUGGCAUCAUGGAUAUGUUCGGUAGACCUUGCCGUGGUGGUGGGGCUCUUCACUAAAGGACAACCAAACAGCUAGAAAAAAUGGAUUCACAAAAUUCAAAGAAGGUACCCCAUGUGCGCAGGUCGGAAACGGGAAAUCUCACCAUCACUCCCAGGUCUGAUGCUCAAGUGCACGCGGAUUGUAGGGGCGCACAAUUUCUUGCAGUGCCACGGGUGGUCGUGGAAAGGUUAGACACAAAAAACAUCGUGGAAGGAGAAAGAAAAAUUAAACGAAGCGCUUCAAGUCUUCUGAGUGUAUCAAGUUGCAGUAGCGGAAAAAUCGCACAUAGCGCUAUCCACUCAGAAGUAGACGACGAGGCGAUAGAUGAGACUCGCGAGAUAUGCUUGCGGCUCAGAAAGGAGGAGGCGACUUGUCUCGACAAAAUGGAGUUGGAGGUUGCUAAGAUGAUAAAGUCUUGCGACAUUCAGAGGAACGUCAACAGGACGGUAAAAGAUGGACUCUAAGUCAUCGAAGUCCUGCUGAAAGAGGCAAAAGUAAAGCAUGCCGUGGCCGAUGAGUCGGACUCCGAUUUGGCAUGCGUUCUCAGCGGUGCGGAAUGUAACCGCAAAGUCCGUAAGGAAGAGAGAGAGAGCGUUUCUAUAGGCGUAAUCUCAAGUUGAGUCUCCAAUGAGAGAAGUUGCGCAUCGAUGUUCAUAGCUAUAGAUAUACCACAGCAUACUUUAGUAUACCUAUAGCUAUGAACAUCGAUGCGCACCUUGUCUUAUUGGAAACUCAACUUUAAAAGCGUCAUAAGAGAUGCUCAGUAACGGAAGAGAGAAAGUGACAGUCCAGAGGAGACUCGAACCCAAACCGAUAAGAGGAAAAAUGAGGAAGCUGCUCCAAUGGAAACGGAAGUAGCAGAUCCAAAGAUUUUCCUCGAUUGGAAAGAAUGAGGUAAAAAAAUCCGCACUUCUAAUUCGAGCCUGUUAAGGAUUAACGUAUGCUGACAUUCUGGGUAAACUUCGCAAAGAGGUCAACCCGGACGACUGCCAUACGAGAAUAGUAGCAGCAAAAGCUAAAAAGAAAGGAGACCUUCUGAUUAAGAUCAGAGGAGACUCCGACAAGGACGCUUUCACCGCUGAGGUCACCAAGACGGUUGGAAGCAUGGGUAAGGUACAGUCGUUGGAUCGAAGAGUUACACUCGAGAUCCGUGAUUUAGAUGGCCUUACCCAAGACGUCGAGGUGCAACAAGUGUUGUCUGAAGCGAUGGGAAUGCCAGGAAGCAGGACAGUAACGGUCUUAGGACCCAACCGCCGAGGGAUGAAGCUCGCGGUUGUAGCCACCAACCCGGAAGAGACGAACAGGCUGGAGAAAUUGGGACACGUAAAAAUUGGUUUUAUGUGUUGCCCAAUUUAAAAAAGAGUAAUGGUCGUCGGGGCUAAUUUGUAAUUAGGGCCCAGGACCCUUUACCUGAAACCGUACGAAUUUAACUAUAUCCUCACUUUUUUAAACUAAAAUCUCAGGAUAGAAAACCGAUCUUAGAUCCAGGUUAGUUAGUUGCUCUUCGCCUUUGUACUACAUUAUACAUUCAAUAAAUACUUGUAGAAUCUGUAAAAUAAUCUAUGUGUUUUAUUUAUACGAAAUCCAAUGCAUCUUUUUAAGUUGAGUUGCAUAGUGAAUUAACUUCUAACUUUUUAAAAGAAUAUUAAUUCAACUAAUAAAACAUCUUACAUGGAAUAUUUGAAAAACACGUUUUUCCAAAAGAAAUUAAUGUCUUCAAUAAGUUAAAAAAAUGACCAGACAAAUAUUUUAACAAUAUCUUAAUUUUGUUAAGCCUAAAUCAAUUUCAUCAAAAGGAAAAU